CGCUCGCCACCCUCCCGCCGCCGCCGCCAUGCGCGCGGUCACGUGCGCGGUCACGGGACCGGGGGCGCGCCCGGAACCGGCGGCGGGAGCGAGCGGGGCGAUCCCGGAGCAUCCCGGAACCGCGCGGAGCAUCCCCGAGCCGCCGCAGCCUCCCGCAGCCAUGUCCCGCCCCGCCGCGCCCGGCCCCGCGCCAUGGUGGAAUUACUUUUUCCUUUAUGAUGGCUCAAAAGUGAAGGAGGAAGGGGAUCCUACAAGUGCUGGCAUCUGUUAUUUUUACCCUCCCCAGACCAUCCCGGAGCAGCAGGAGCUGCUGUGUGGGCAGAUGGCCGGGGUUGUUCGCUGCCUCACCGAGAUCUCCGGGGCCCCUCCCAGCCUCGUCCGCCUCAGGAAGCUCAAGUUUGCCGUGGUGGUGGAUGGAGACUUUCUGUGGGUUCUGGGCUGUGCUGUGGAGCUGCCUGACGUGAGCUGCCGGCGGCUCCUGGAGCAGCUCAUCGGCCUCUUCACCUUCUACCACGGCCCCGUGCGUGGUGCAUACACGGUGUUUUCCCAGGAGGAGCUGAGCAGGGAGUGGGACAGGUACAUUGAACACAUCCAAAAAAACACCAGUGACCUCCACAGGAUUUUCAAUUCUCUCUGGCAUCUGGACAAAACCAAGGUGGAUCCCCUGCUUUUGCUGAAGGCAGCUCUCAUCCUACAGACGUGCCAGCGCUCUCCCCAUGUCCUGGCAGGCUGCAUCCUCUACAAAGGCUUGAUUGUGAGCACCCAGCUGCCACCUCCACUCACUGCCAAAGUCCUCCUGCAGGGCAGCCAGUCCCCAGGCCAGAGUGAGCCUGGAGCUGAGGAGCUGCAAGAGCCUGAGCCCCUGCUGCCGCCGGGUGUCCGAGUCCUCCCGGUGUUCCUCACAGCUCAGGAGGUCUCUGCGCUCCGGGACUUUCCCGUGGAGUGGAAGGCCAGGUCACCCAUGUCCCCAGCAGGCCCCAGAGGAGAAGAGAGUGCUCCCUGCUCCCAGGCAGUUCCAGAAUCAACAGGAGCCCAUGAAAACCAAGCCUUGGAUGGAAUCUCUGUGCAGAAGUCCCGUGAGGACCCUUCAGCCAUACCUGCCCCAGGAGAUGCUGUGCAGUUGGGCAGCCCUGCAAGUCCUCUGAUAGACUUUUCUGGCAUGGGAGCCAGCACAAGGAAUUCUCCAGCUGCAAACCUGAGUGGAGCAGGCAGUGAAAACUCAGAGCUCAGCAGGAAAACAUCCUUCCCCUCAGAGAGUGACACACAGCAGCUCCCAAGCCCUUCCUCACUCCAGACUGAAUGUUCUUGGACUACAGGUCCAUACCUGGAAGGCUUUUCCUUUCCCAACCCUUACUCCUGGGAGCAGGAGAGCCAGGACAAGACGGAAUCCCUUGCAGAUUCUGAUGUUGGCCGCUGUGCUUCCCAAAAUUCCCUUUCAGUCAGCCGCAGUCCAGCUGUUCCCUCUUCUGCCCAGGAGCUGAGCAGAAGAAAAUCCAGUGAGCAGGACAAGCCAUGGACUGUGAGCCAGGAGCAUGUGUCUGGAGGGAGUGACAGCACAGCUGGUGACCACGGGUGGGGCUUGGAUUGUCCAGGCACUGCUGGACACACACAGCUCCUCAGCAGGAGGCAGCCACACGUCCCAGAGCUUCAGCAGGCUCUGCCCAGUGCCCCUGCAAGGGACAGACCAUGUCCCAGCAGCAGGGAAGGCAGCUGGGACAGGCUGGGUGGCAGAGAGGGUGAGCCAGCCCAGCUGAGCCUCUACGUUCACUGCAUCCAGGGCUUGGUGCUGUCGCUGCUGGCUGAGGAGCAGCUGCGCCGGGACCGCAGCGCCGUGGAGGACGUGUACCACAGCAGCCUGGCCUCCCUAAAUGGCCUCGAGGUUCACCUGAGAGAGACCCUGCCCAAGGACUCCUCGGCCUCAGCCAGGACCAGCUACAGCUUCACACACUAUGACUGUGUCCAGAAUGUCCUCACGGCCAACUUGCCCCACACCCCCGGGCCCCUGGACCGGCACUUCCUGAGGGCAGCCACACUCAUCCACUCCGACUUCAGCCAGCUCCCCUCGGCCUCAGAGGUGAUCAUCAGGAACGCCUCCACAGCCGUGUAUGCCUGCCGGAAUCCUGUCCAGGAGACCUAUUUCCAGCAGCUGGGAGCUCCACUCCGCAACUCAGGCGUCCCCAACCCACACGACAGCGCCUUCAGCCUGCCCAGCAAGGCCAAGCAGAAGCUGCUGAAGCAUGGGGUGAACCUGCUGUGAGCUGCUGUGCUCAGACAACGGCUCAGCCCUGUGCAGUGUUCAUCUCCAGUAAGGAAAAUCUCAGCUGUUUAUGCCCACAGAGGCACGAGGCCCUGCCCUGCCUCUGUGGAGUCUCCAGCCUGCCUGGCCCUGAGCAAGGGACACUCCUUGCCCUGUCCUGCAGCACGUUUUGGGCUGAUGCAGGUGUCACUGACAGCAUUUACCAAAGACUGAGGACAGAACACAGCAUCUCGAGGCUCUUGGUUUACAUGGACUUCACAGGGACUCUCUUGGUGCUCUGCAGACACCCCACGUGCCUUGAUCUGAGGUAAAACCUCACCUUGCCCUGAGUUACACAGCCCCUGGGCACUGCUGGCUUUCAGAGAUGUCACUUAGCCACUGUCUGUGCCUGCACUUGCCCUGGUCAGACUUUGGCUUUAUUUCUGUCCCUUAAUCCAUGGGAAUGAUCCUUCCAUGACGUUGUGCCUUACCUUGGUUAGCAGUGCCUGCCUGUUGUCACACGGGAGCAGAACAAGAGCUGCAGAGCUCACAAUCCCCCUUUGGGUGCUCCCAGGUGGUUUUAUGCCACAGGCGACUCAGAAGGGAUGUCCCUGUCCCUCUACACCUCCCUGGUCAGUGAUGGUCCAGCCCAGCCCUGCCCUCCUUGUGCAGCCUCCCAGGGGCUGGCUGGUGGUGGUGGUGGUGUGAGUGUCCCUCAGCCUGUGCUCCCUCCUGCUGCAGGACCUCACUUCACUGCUCUGUUUGCCCACACUCUGCAGACCCCAGAGUUGCCUCUUAGCUGAUGGGACCAAAGAGGUUUUGUAUCCCCUCAGCAGCUGUCCCCUUUCUGCUCUGACAGUGUCCCCAGUCAGUGGUGGCUGGGGAGGCCCUUGGUGGUGGCUGCUUAGACUGAGGGUUGGAUAGCUGUGUUUGGCUGGGCUUGGAACCUGCUGCUGGUGCAGACACACCCCUCAGUGUGACUGGAAAUAAAGGAGUCUCCAAGGCUCA